AUGACGGUGCUUCGCGCUUUCCUGCUGCUGCUCUGUGCGCUCGCCGCCGCGCACGUGGCGGCCGCGGCGGAGUUCAACCCCGCUCUCGCCACUCUCGCCGCAAGGCCCGACGAGACUCUGCUCGCCACGGGCAAGGCGCUCGCAGAAGACGCAAGCGAGGACGCGGAUGUGAUAAUAACGAACCGCGCUCUUGCGGAGGAGGGCGAGCAGUCGGCCCAUGAUGGCGCUGUUCGCGUCCUGGCGGAGGACGACCUUCUCUCCCUGCUGGCGCAGGGCUCUGUGUAUGCUGACGUGGCGGACAUGCGCAGGAGCCUGAAGAAGGGGAAGAAGUGCAAGGGGAAGAAAUGCAGGAAGGGGAAGAAGGGGAAGAAGGGGAAGAACGGGAAGAAGGGGAAGAAGGGGAAGAAGGGGAAGAAGGGGAAGAAGGGCAAGAAGAAAGAAGGCGCGGCAGCAGCACCUGGUGGGGCAGCACCUGGUGGUGAGGCCCCCGCCGCCGCUGGCGCUGAUUCAGCUGCACCCGGUGGGGGCGAGGAGGCGGGCCCUGAGGGCGUGCCUGCUCGCAGCAUGAUGACGGAGGACGACCUGUUCUCCCAGCUGGAGGGGGGGGAUGCUGACGUGGCGGACACGCGCAGGAGCCUGAAGAAGAAGGGAAAGAAGUGCAAGGGGAAGAAAUGCAGGAAGUACAAGAAGGGCAAGAAGGGGAAGAAGAAUGAAGGAGCGGUAGCAGCACCUGGUGGGGCGGCACCUGGAUGUACCACAUGUGGGCAGAGGGAGGAAAGCGUGAUGGUGGAUGAUGAGUGGGUGGCUGGGGAAGAAGGGGGCUACAGGAGAUGCUGA